UGGCCGGGCGCGUGGGCUCGCCUCAGUCGGCGGCGCGAAGAAGCGGCGUGCGGAGGCGAGAGGUGCGGCACGGCUCGGCUCCCCCGCGGCCCGGCGCCCCCAUGGAGUUCAAGCUGGAGGCGCACCGCAUCGUCAGCAUCUCGCUGGGCAAGAUCUACAGCGCUCGGGGCCAGCGCGGCGGCCUCAAGCUCCACAAGAACCUCCUGGUGUCGCUGGUGCUGCGCAGCGCCCGACAGGUCUACCUGAGCGAGCCGGGCUGCCCGCCCGAGCCGCCCCCCGCCGCCUGCGGGCCCCCAGAGGAGGAGUCGCCGCUGCCCCGUGCCGCCGCCUGGCCGGCCGGCGAGCCGUCGCCCCCGCAGGACGAGGCGGCUAGGGGCGGCCCGCGGCUGCCCGGCGCGGACUGCGAGGGCCCCCGGCCGCGGCGCUGUUGCUGCGGCUGCUGCUGCGAGGCGAACCGCGCGGCCUGCGCUGCCGCGCCGCCCCCGCCGCCCCACUGCCCCCGGAAGCGCAGCGCCGGCGAGCGGGGCCAGCCGGGCUCCCCGGUGAAGAAACCCCGCCGCGAGGCGGAGGAGCCGCCGCCCCCGCCGCCGGGCGAGCAGGAGGACAUGGAGACGGGCAACGUGGCCAGCCUCAUCAGCAUCUUCGGCUCCAGCUUUUCGGGACUGCUCAGCAAGGAGCCCAAGGGCCGGCGGCGGGCGCCCCUGGACGGCGGCGAGGCGGCGACGAGCACGACGCCCGCCGAGGCGGCGGCGGAGCCGGGACAGAUCUGCUGCGACGAGCCGGUGCUGCGGACCCUCAACCCCUGGAGCACGGCCAUCGUGGCCUUCUGACGCGCCGGCCGCGGGCGCAGAGACUCGCCCCCCACCCCCGCCGCGGGGAGGGGGCCCCGGCGGACAGCCGGACCGAGAGGUGAUUCCCCCCCCCUUUCCUCCCGCCCCCCGGCCCGUCGGAGGAGGGCGCCCGCCGCAGCGGAGCGGGUGGGCAGCGCCGCGGGGCUCCGGCGCCCAGCCCCGCCGCACCGGCCGGGCGGGACCGCGGGGCAGCAGCAGCAGCAGCACUUCCCCCUUCCCCGCCCGCACCCCGGGGCCCGCCCGCCGGCUCUCCGGUGCCCGGGGGAGGCUCCGCGGCUGCAGCCGGCAACCGGAGGCGCUCCCAGCGGGUCAUGUUUUAAGCUUGGAAAGUAUUAAGUUUAUUAAAUAAAGUUUCUAUUUUGGAAAGGUUUAGGUCAGAACUAUUACAUGGUGCUUUUUAAAAGUGUUUAUUGAGAGACGAAGUUUACAGACGCUCUGACGGAAGGUCCUUCAGCCUGUUUGUUAGGCUUGGUAACUCCCGGUCUUUGUUGUAUAAAGGCUUGGGGCUCCCGUAGGGAUUUUUGUACAGUGUUCUCCUUCAGUGAUGUAUCAUGUUUUGUAUAAAAUGUAAUUCUACGUGUACGACACGUAUUAAAUAUUUUCAACUGUAUAA